AUGGCCGCCGCCGCCGCCGCUAAGAAGAAGGCCACGGACGACGCUGAGGCUGCUGCUGCCGCCGCCGUGUUGGCCUGGCCAACCGGAGGAGACGACCAAAACCAGCCAGGCAAAGCGAGGAUGAGCUCGAGCCAGAGGACGCUCCGGGACGUGAUGAUGCAGGAGGAGAGGCCGACCACCAUGGCCAGCCGCCUCCUCGCCCCGGACGCCUCCCUCUCCAACCCCUCCUUCCGCACCUACUACGGCGUCGCCUCCGCGGGCUCGGUGCCGUUCCUCUGGGAGUCGGCGCCGGGGACGCCCAAGAACGACGGCGCCUCGUCCAGGGCGCUCCCGCCCAUCACGCCGCCGCCUUCCUACUACAGCAAGACGAAGAUCACCAAGUCGGAGUCCUCCAAGAAGCUGCUCUCGUCCUCCAGGCCGGCCAGCUUCGUCCCGACGAUGUUCCGCAGGAGCCACACGAUGCCGGCUCCCUCGCCGUCCAAGGAGUACAGCCGGAGGAAGAGGCUGGUGGCGAGCCCGCCGCGGUCGUCCUUCUCGUCCACGUCAAGGGGAGAGGACGAAGAAGCGGACGGCGGGGCGGCGUCACCGACGUCUACCCUGUGCUUCCGCGCCCGGCGCUCCGGCGGGGGAACCGGCAGGCUGCAUGGGAUGAUUGCCUCCGUGGUGGGAAGGGAGCGCCAGUGCACCGCCCUGCAGCGAUUCGCGCAGCGCCGCCGGGGCCGCGACGAAGGAGGCAUCAUCGUCAUCGAGGAUAGCGACGAGGACGACGCGCCGCCGCCAUCAGUCCGCGUUGGCGACGCCGGUCAGGUGUCCACCAGGGACGGCGGCGUCAAGGAGGAGAAGCCCGACGACGACGACGGCGGCGAUGACGACGGCGACUACUCCGCGUUCAGCCAGUUUCUUUUUUAA